AGAGCAGACAGACAGACACAGGAGGAAGAGGAGGAGGAGGAGAAGGAGGAGGGAGGAAGAAGGUACAGAAUGACACAGAUGUUCGCAGACGGCGCUCUCCCUCUGCAGCGAACUGGGGCUUUUUCCAUCAUGCCAGUGGACAAGCUGACGCAGGAACUGAGCUUUCUGGAGUCUGGCUGCAAACACUGACUCAUACGCUCUGGAUUAUUCUGCAGAAUUAAAAAAAAGCCAAACACAGGAGCAGAAAUGGCAGCAGCAGACAUCCUCCCCUUUGCUCUGUGGGUCAUCACAUUCCUCUCGUCCGUCCUCUGCUGCCCUGAGUCUUGUACCUGCUCAGAUAAAUACGGGCGUCACUAUGCUGAAUGUUCCUACAGAGAUUUAGCCAAAGUCCCGGAGGGUUUGCCUCCCAACGUGACGACCGUCAGUCUCUCUGCCAACCUGAUAGCCAUGAUCCCACUCGGCAGCUUCGAUAACGUCACCCAGGUGACCUCCCUGUGGAUGGCCCGCAACGACAUCUCCUCCAUCGAGGAAGGGAGCCUUGUACCUUUGGUUCAUCUUCGCAACUUCGACAUUAGCCACAAUAAGAUGGUGGACUUCCCCUGGGGGGAUUUGCUGAACCUGACAGCUCUGGAGAUGCUGAAGAUGAACCACAACGAGUUGGCCCACCUGCCCAGAGACGCUUUCGCCAACCUCAAAAACCUGAGGUCACUCAGACUUAACAACAACAGGUUUGGGACCAUAGCUGAGGGGACGUUUGACGGCUUGGUGUCUUUGUCGCAUUUGCAGAUAUUUAACAAUCCUUUUGCGUGCACCUGCACCUUGGACUGGCUCAGAGACUGGAUCUCCACAACCAUCGUCUCAGUUUCAGAUCAGAGCUCGAUCACUUGCGCAUUUCCCAAGGAACUUAAAGGUGAAGUCAUUCCAAAAUUGCCAGAGUCCAAGUGCACAAGCCCAAAUGUCACAGUUCUGACUGAACCACAUGUUAUCGACAUGGUUUUCCACGAGAACUCUGAAUUAAUUUUGACCUGUGAGUUCAACGGAAACCCGAGACCUUUGGUGGUGUGGAAUAUUUCCAGCAAAGGCCAAAAACAUGAGGUGGUUCUGUCUGCCUCUGAGGACGACUCUGCAGAAUCUAAUGAAGGUUCUGACUCCUUUAAAGUGUUUAACAAUGGCACGCUUCUCAUUUCAAGCCUCAGACCAGAGGAUGAUGGGGACUACAGCUGCUCUGCAACAAAUACGUUUGGCAGAGAUGAAGAUUCAGUGUCUGUUAAGGUGAUUGCACGUCCAAAACCAACACCAAUCAAAGUGAUGACCACAGUGUUCACUUCUACUCACGCCAACCCAACAGUUCACCCACAAACCAAGAGAAAAUCAGUCUUUAGUUCUCUGAAUCUUCCAGAUUUAAAAAGAAUAGACCCAACAAUCCCACCAACUGCUCACAUCAAUCCUAAAUUUUAUGAAGACACAACAAGAUACCUGAUUCGUUCAAGCAAAUGUGGCUUAACUGCGAACACAAAGAACAUCUCCGGCCACAUCCUGAACGCAAGCCUGGACGACGUAAAGCAGUACACCUUUGACUUUGGUGUCAUUGCACUAGGAGUGUCAGAAACAGAGGCAACGGUGCGACUCAAUCCCCUACUUAUACCCCAAAACAGGAACCCCAGCCGAGCCAAGAGCUUCCAGAGUGACAGCGAGGAAAACUCCGGCUUUCCGGAUGUCCUGGAAAACUUCCAAUCAAGCGGUUUAUAUCUUUGCAUUGCUGCCGACAGCAAACACUCCGCCGUUCAGUGGUCACAGAUCAAGGACGGCGUCAACACCUACCUGUUCAGUGGCUUACGGCCUGGCACCAACUACUCUCUGUGUCUGACCUACAGAGGGGAGGACUGUGAAGUCCAGGUGCUCUUUGCCACCAGACGGAGGGUACCGAACCUCCUCAUCAUCAUCUCCGUCAGCAUCUGCCUGCUCACCGUGUCCACUGUGCCUCUGCUUGGCGCAACGUGCUUCCACCUGGUCUACAAGUACCGCAGUAAGACCUACCGUCUGAUCCUGAAGGCCAAAGGCCAGUACCACCUGGAGAGGAACCUGAGCAUGCACGCUCCCAUCACGGAGUCUCAGAGGAAGAUAAACGAGUAUGAAGUGGAGACGGAGAGCAUAGACGACGGGGAGAAAGAGGCAGACACAGAGGAAAGUAUCGUCACAGAGUCUUUCACUUGCAAGGGAAACGUAGACGACUGUGAGAUGGGAUCCGAGUACAGCGACAGGCUGCCUUUGGGGGCUGAAGCCGUCAAUAUUACCAGCAACUACAGAUAUCCUGAUGACUAAUCUGCAAACAUGUUCUGACCCAAAUCACUCUUAUUUCUCUUUGGUUUGGUUUAUUUUAAGUCCCAAAGAAGUUCUGCUCUCCUUCACAUUGAUCUGACAUGGAUGAAGGUAGAUUUGCUUUAAAGCAGAACCAAAGCUACCAAUGUCUGUAGCAGCUCUGACCCAAACGUUUGAGUGAGAAUGGGCCAAAACCUGGGAUGCAAAUGGUUGAGAAAUGGGUUAUUAGAAUCAAAUUUGUUUCAAUAGAUUAACUAAUAAAGUCCAUUAAAAUGUUUUUCAGUGUUUUAGCUUGACCACCAAUACCGAAACAAAGGUAUCCCAGAACGGGAAAGAGAAACGGUCCAAACAGAGUCCAGUAUGCAGUUCUGUUUUUUAAAUGCUCAACAAUAGAGUUGAUUCUGCUGAUGAUGGAGCAGCAUCAUCCGAUUUAUUACGAAGCUGAGAAGAAUCUGAUGACAUAAACGUGAGGGAAUAAUGCAGAAAAAUUGCAACAUGAUGAUGCCGAUAAGAAUGAUGGAUUUUGAGUUUAAUACUGUAAGAAAACCACAAUUUUCUAUUUAUUCAGUGAGUAUUUAGCAGCUCAUACAAAAAUAGUUCAAAUAUAGCCAUGUGCUUCAUUUUUAAAGUUCAGCAUAUUAUAAAAAAAUGUAACCGGUCGGCCAUCUUGAAUUUUAGAUUAAGUCAUUAUUUAUAAAUUUGCAUUCCUAGACCAAAAUGUUGCACCACAGCAUCAAAGCAGUCAAUCUCUGUCUUUUUUUUUAUUUAAUUGAUUUGACUGAAAAGCUGAAGCUGAUUUCAUGCCUGAUGAGAAAUGAUGCAGCCAGAAUAUCAACAAACAACUUUAGAGAUAAUUUAACUGUUGUUUGUAGAAACACUGAAAAUCUGCCUCAUUUUCUGUGUUUUUAUGUAAAUCAUGGAAAACAAAACAAUCUCUUUAAAUAUCAGGUCUUUAAAAACAAAAUUUGUUCGUACAUUAAAUGCUUUUUUUUGUGUGCACAAAACAACGUUAUAAUAUUUAUUCUGAGAGGGAAAGGACUGAAAAUGCUUUUUUUAGAUAGUUCACAGAUUGAAUAAUUAAAUUUGCAAAAGUAUUAAUAAUAUUAAAAUGUUGUUUAAUGUGUUCUUUGGUGACAGACCGACACAGACCAGUAAGGAAAUGUGGAUUGGAAGAAGUUUUUCUUUUUCUCACAAAUAAAAAUCUAUAGCAUGCAUAUAGAAUCAGCCUUCCUAACUCAGCGCCUUAUAGAAGGACGUUUUCAUCAUAUUUUUGCUAUAUUGGUUCUCUACUUUGACUAGGCCACUCUGAUACAUCCAAAUGCCUUUAUCUAAACCAUCUCAAUAUUUCUUGCUCUAGUCGUUCUCUAUUUGGUCUCCAAUAAUGCUGGUUGGCCGACCUCUUCCUGCUGAAGGAAAACAUCCUCUAAGCAUGAUGCUGCCACCGCCGUGUUCUAUGGUGUGUUCAGGGUAUGCUAUGUGAUGUGUUGUUUGUCCUACACACAUGGUAUUUUGCUGUGGGUUACACAAUGUUUUAAUUAGGUAUCAGAGUAAAGAGAUAAAUUACACUUUGUUAAUAUUUAGUUUUAGAAUUAUGCUCCAUUUUAUGUUGUUCUGUCACAAAAUCUUAACUAAAUACAUAAAAAAAAACUGCAAAAACAAAAACUUACCAAUUAUUUUUGGUCUAGUUUCUGCUGCAGAUAUCUUAGAGAAAUUGAAAUAAGACAAAAUAAACUUAUAAUGUGGAGCUCUCUCUCGCUGAUGUGGACAAAUUAUAAACAAAAGUUCAACAUCAUAAACUGUUUAUUUAGUAAAUUAUGUUUCUCGUUUACUGAACUCUUAGAUUAAAAUAGAUUAAAACGCCUGAUAAGCUGAUUAAAUCUGCUCUCUGGGAUCAGGAUGGAAAAAGUGAAAAAUGUUUUGUUCAGUAAAUUAUAGCACUUAAAAAAACAGCUAAAUGUGAAAACAUGUAAUUUUCGGUUGUGAUUUUUGUCUCUUGAGAAAUACAGCUAAAUCUCAGAAACCUACAUUCUGUUGCUUUAAUGGAUUUUGUCCUGUUUUAAUGUCAGGAUGUUCUGUGAAAUAACCAGAAAUACUGUAAACUUGCUGUUGGUAUAAAUGUAUACAAACACUUCAGUAUUAUCUAAUUAUGUCUCUGGUGGGCUGCCGUUUUAGCGGCCCUGCAUGCUGCCUGUGUUCUCCACUCAAAUUCAACUUUAUUUCUGUGCCUCUUGUCUGUUUAACCCAAGUGAUAUAGGAAAUUGUCUGUUUUCAUAAAUUCCCAUUUAACCCUCAAUGUGCCUCAAUAAAAUGUAGAAAGUGGGAUAACUA